GGGCACACACAUAAAGCGCGUGAUAGAUAAUGGCGAUUCCAAUUCCCAAUCAAAUCGGGAAGACGAAGAAGUUCCUCUGAUAUUUGGCAUCUCCCUGUAUCCUGAUUCUCGCCUCCAUUCAUCUUUCCCUCUCUCCGACGCUUCUCGUCGGAAACUUGGGAUUCAGUUUAUUCCGAUUUUUUGCACGUUGAUUCGAUUUCGUCGUGAUAAUGAAGCACAAGAGCCAGCAGAAGAGGAAGAAGAAGAGAUCGUCCGCCGCACCUUCCACGGCGACGGCGUCAGACGGGAACAAAAAAGACUUAGAGGAAGAGAGAAAGGCCGUUGAGCCAGAAAAACUCGAAAAACAAAAUAUCGAUUCGUUGAUGGAAGCUUUCUGCUCGGUCUCCACGGAGGAAGCGACGGCUGCUUAUAGAGAAUCAGGCGGAGAUCUGAACAAAGCCGCGGAGAUUCUAUCGAAUCUGUUGGACGAUGAUCCGUCGACGAUUUCGGUCGCGAGCGGGUCUUCGGGUCAGGAGACCGGGUCUACAUCCGAGUACGGGGCGGGCUCAAGCUCGAGCUGUGGGGAAGAUUUGACGAGAGAGAGGUGGUUUAAGGGAGGUAAGCAGAAUAGAGUUGUUGCUGCUACGGGGAUGGUGUCUUCUGUGAUUGCUAAGGAUUACUUGAAGCCUAAUACUCUUAGGGAGAGGGAGUAUCCUUUGGUGGAAAGGAAUAGUGAGAUAUGUGGGAAAGGGAAGAAGGCUGGGGAUAGAGAGAAAGCUGAACAGUUUCUGAGUUCAAUGCUUGGUGAUGAUUGUGAGCUUAGCAUGGCUGUUGUUAGAGAUGUAUUGUGUCAAUGUGGCUACGAUGUGGACAUGGCCUUGAAUGUCUUGCUUGACAUGUCUUCUUCAUCAACUGAUGAUUCAUUGAGUGGUAGAUGUUCCGGCAUAGGACUCAGUGAUAGUCUUGCUGAGACAUCAUUUGACGACAUUGAUACUUCCGAAAGUGAACCAAGUUUCUGGGGAGGCUAUAGUCAAAGGGAUUACUCAAAAGCUCUCAUGAGUUCUGCAGAUCCUUUCGCCACUUGCCAAGGAAGUUCUGCAGAUCCUUUUGCAACUAGCCAAGGAAGUUCUGAGCCUUGUCUUCCACAAAAGGUGUUGGAGUCUCUGUUCAACAUUCCCCGGAGUCCUAAACACGAACCAAAGGCGAUGAAUUGGAGAAAUGUGGCAAAGAAAAUGCAGUCGCUUGGCAUUGAUGGUUCUUAUUCAUCUAGUGGAGAAGGGUCUCAGCCUGAUACUUUAGCGAAGGAUGACGGAUAUCAUGAACUUAGAAAAGGUGCAAAUGACCAGUGGAAUGUGACGAAGUCCUACUAUCAAAAAGCUGCAGAAGCAUAUUCAAAAGGAGGGAGGGCUCAUGCGGCGUACCUUUCUGACAAGGGGAGAGUAGCAUCUAAAUUAGCUCAACGGGCAGAUGAGAGAGCAAGCCAAGAUAUAUUCGUUGCCAGAAACAAGGGUAUAGAGAAUGUGAUAACCAUUGAUCUGCAUGGUCAGCACGUUAAACAAGCAAUGAAGCUAUUGAAGAUGCAUCUCUUACUCGGAUCAUAUGUCCCUUCUAUUCAGACACUACGAGUGAUCACAGGAUGUGGGUCUCAUGGGUUUGGGAAGUCGAAAGUGAAACAAUCGGUGACAAUGCUGCUAGAAAGGGAAGGAGUUAGGUAUUGUGAAGAGAACAAAGGGACAUUACUGAUCAAGCUUGAGGGACGUAGUAGAGAGUUUAGUUUCUUAGACACAGAGAGUGACUCUGAGUAAGAUAUAACUAAAUUAAAACUCAUGUUUUAGCUUUUGAUCUUAAAACUAUGUCUCUGUCUAUAUCCAUGCUAGCUCUGUGUGUUUAAGUAAAUGGUAAGCAAAACCCCGCUUCCUUAAUAUAACUCAUUUUUCUAUUUUCACGCUACUUAAGAGAUAUGAAACACUUUGGCUGA